CAUUUUCAUCAUCAUCAACGCAUAAAUCAUCAACAUCAUAACUGUCAACACCGUUGCCAUCAUCAUCACCCUCGCCGGAAAUCAAAGCUCAACAUCAUCACCAUCGCCAUCAUCAUCAACGCAUAAAUCAUAUUUCAUCGCCAUCAUCCUCGCCGGAAAUCAAAGCCCAACAUCACUUCAUCCGUCGUCGUCGCCAUUAACGCUUUCCAUCUUCAACGUCACCGCCGUUCAUCAUUAGUUCAUCAUAUUUCAUCAUCUUCACCGUCGCCAUCAUUCAAAACCAUUCAUCAUAGUUCAUCAUCAUUCACCAACAUAUACAUAAUUUGAACGAACCAAACACAAAAUGGUGAAAAGAAAACAGGUUGACGAGUCAGGACCAAGCUUCAGCCUUGGCCUAUCGCAGUCAUCAGACUCGAAGGCUUCAUCUUCGCAUACUACCCGACAACAAAAGGGGAAAAUGCAAGCUGCAAAAGCAACUGAACAGAAGCAAAAACCUACCGAGGCUGAACAUAGGUUGAGACACAAUUUGAGCAUACCUAAAGUGUAUGAUAUUAUGCAAUCUGUCAAUGGAAAAAAAACAAAAAAGAAGAUAAUUGAGGUAUUGAACGAAUGCAAGUUUGGAGGAAUGCUGCACAUUUGCAAUUGGACAAGAAUCCACACAUUCUUUGUGGAUUGGAUCGUAAACAACUUUGACAAGGAUAACAUGUGCAUCAGAUUGACUACGACAAAAGUGCUUGAAUUAAAAGAGCAUGAUGUCCACCGCGUAUACGAGCUUCCAAUGGUUGGAAAAAAGAUAAACACCGGUGUUUGCUCGGAUGAGGCAAUAAAAAGGUUGAGGGCAGAAUUAGGAUUGAAUGAAGGCUUUUCUCAAUAUGUGAAGUUGGCAGAAUUGGAGAGAGUCUUGAAGACAACCGAGAAACCAACUGCUUGGGUGAAGGGCGCAAUAUGUUACACAAUUCACAACAUAUUGUGCCCGACUAACCACAGUGAUGUCUCUCUUCACUAUGCCCACAUCUUAGAAGAUGCAGCCAGUGUUUCAUCGUACAAUUGGUGCGCACAUAUCCUAGAUUAUAUGAAAUAAGGACUGCGAAGUCCAGGUGUUGCAAACCCACUUGCAGACUUUCAUUUCCUAUUGAUUAACUACUUGGAUAAAAUGGGGAAGAGAAGCCCAUUUUUAACUGGAAAAUACAAGCACCCAUCACUUCGGGAUUGAGAUGUAAAGAUGGCAAAUCAAGACAUUCAAAAGGUUUAUGAUGUCAUGGGUCUUGAACAUGGUUUGACAGCUGGUGUCACACAACUGAAUACCACUGAUGAACGGUCGUUUGUAAUGUGUUUUGAUCCUAAUACAUGCCCACUAUCUGAGGCAGAAAUGCACCUCAAUCAUUGUAGGGCAUGUAUACAAAUCUACAGUACAAGCGUAGGCACCUUGGAACGAAGAAUCUCUCAGGCAAAGGGGAAAACUUUGAGGUAUAAAUCUUCAGCGAACAGAAAAAAAGUAGUACAAGGAGAAGAUGGACAAGCUCCAUAAACACCACUUUCCCCAACACAAGAAACAAUCAUUAAGUUUCCCGAGUAUUUUCAUGACGGUAAAGUUACAGAUGAAAUGAAGGAAGACAAAAAGGAGGAGAAAUCUGAUGAAAUGAAGGAAGAGAAAAACGAUGAGAAGAAGGAUGACAAAAUUGAGGAGAAGAAGUAUGAGAAGAAGGAUGAGAAAGGCGAUGAGAAGAAGCAUGAGGAGAAGGAUGAGACAAAUGAGACAAAGGAUGAGACAAAGGAUGUGGGAUGUGGAGUUGAUAAGAAAAAUGAUGAGCAUCCAAGUAGUGAAGAAGAAGAGUUUGAUGUAGAUAAGAUGGAUGAUCUAGUGAAGACGACAUGCAAUGUGGGACUUUCACCCACACAGGAAACAAUUUUGAAGUUUCCGGAAUUUUUUGAUGCCCCUGAAGGUUCAAGAAGAAAGAAAGAGGAUCCAAUGAAGGAGACACCAUCCAAAAAGGAUAGUCUAGACAACAAAGAAGAUCCAAUAAAGAAGACACCAUCUAGACAUGAUCCGGUGGAGGAGCAGAAGGAUAUUAUAGAGCCAACUCCCUUACGAAUUGUGUUGCCGGAUCAAAUUAUAGACUUGAGUCAAGAGGUCACCAUGAAGCCAAAAAGGAGGAAGCAUGAAGUCGUGGAGGAUCGUACAUACCUUGACCGUAGACGAGCAGUCAAAAAUUCAAAGUACUUAACAAGUCCUUAUGAUGAUGCAGUUUAUGAGUCAACUGCAUCUAAGUUGCAGAAAGACGUAUCCACCUUUGCUUGGAGCACUGCACUCGAUAAGUCAGAAAUUCUCUACUGCUCCGGAUUUCAUAAAUUCUCUCUUCAACGAUGUGAUUUGUGGACCCUAAACAAGGACAAAUGGGUGCAUUGCUUUGUUGUCAACAUUUGGGUGAAUUGCUUGAAUUGGGGCCAACGUACCAGAAAAAUGAGAAGGCUGGUUACACGAUAUGUCAAUCAUGACAACUUGGAAAGACCCGGUGCAUUGGAAAUGGAUCAAGCAACUGCAUUCAGAAGCUUUGUUGACAAGCUUAAAUGGUUCAAAUACCUGAAUUGGAAGAAAAUUGACCCCACUAAACUAGAAUACAUCAUGACACCAGCACUCAUUGGUAAUCCAAGGAGUCACUAUGUGUGCUUUGUUGUUAAUUUCAAAAGCUGCACAUUCCAAUUCUUGAAUAGCAUUAAUGGAGAGAGGUUCCUUGUGAAGUCAGGAGAACCAGCCACUUACAAGAAGAUGUUUGAUGUCUGGUUUAAGGAAGUCGAGGCAUUUGUCAUAGAAUUGUAUAAGCAUUGGAAAAUGGCAAUGCCUUUCGACUUCAGCAAAUUUAAGUGGGAAACUCCCAAAAUUCCAACUCAACCAGACAAAGACAAUUGUGGAGUUUUCUGCAUGAAGUUCCUAGCUGAAUGGGAAGGUGACAGUAAGACCUCAAUGGACUCUUUCAAAGAUUGGAACAAACUCAAAAAGCAAGACAAAGUGGCAAAGCUAAUGGAUUUGAGGAUUGGAAUAUGCUCCACAAUUUUAACUCACUGCAGCAAUUCAAAAGCGGAAUAUGUGGUAAACAAAGCAGCUUCUUACUAUCAAGAAAUGGCUCAAAAGCUGCAACAUGAUGUCUAGGUUCUAGAUGAUGUCUUACUUAGUUUUUGGAUUUGUAUAUAGAUAAAUUUCUGAAUUUCUUGUUAUGUUAGUUUAUGAUAGAUUUCUGAAUUUUUGAAUUUUUGAAAAUGCCUUGCUUAAAUAGGUUCUAGAGGAUAUAAUGAGUGACCAAGAGUCAGAGACCAGGUUGAAACUUUUUUAUGUAUUCAUUGUUGAGUCUCUGACAUGUGAGUUGGUGUAUGAAGAAUUGGUGGUUCAUGUCUUAAUUCCCAAUUUGGUGGAGAAGGCAUAUUUGUUAUUUAUUAUGAGUUAUGUCAUUUUGA